AUGCAGUCACCAUUCUUCUACUACAACCCAGACCCCCAAGGCGAGAACAACACGCGCCAGCACGGUCACUUCACACCCCACCCUUCCGGUCAGGCAACCUUUCAAGCACAAAACAUGUACUACCAGAGGCCAACAUCGGCAAACUCGCACAUGUCGUAUCCUCACACAGCCUACGCCAGCCAGAUGAUGACUCCCGUCGCCUCGCCCCAGCCCAUGUACCAGAAGCCGGCCAUCUUGAUCCAACCUCAGGACUCGCCUUACCUUCACCCCAUUGACACCGACUACUCCUUCUCUCCCGCCACUCCUCCUCUUUCUUCGUGCGCCAGCAACACCAGCAGCCCUUCAUCGUGCGAUGUUCUGCCCACUCCCCUGCACGACAUGUUCCCCGGCGAGGGCAUGGAGGGUGUCAAGCAAGGCUGCGAAGGCGAGGUCUUUUCCGAGAUUCUUUCUGCUGGCCUCGAGUGGCGUUCGACUACCCCACCCAUGACUCCAGUCUACAUUCAGCCCCCCUCGUCCAACCCAGGCUCAUACCUUCUUUCUGCCACUUCUUGCCCUUCUCUGUCCCCUUCUCCAUCACCUCUGCCCCGCACCACGGUUGCCGAGGCUGAGAACAACUUCUGCAACCCCCGCGACCUCACUGUUUCAGCGGCGUCUGAGCUUCCCAUUGUCACACUUUGCCCCGGUGACGAAGAGCACAAGGUGGUCCUCAAGGGCGAGACGGCCAAGGCGGACAGCAUCGAGUCUGUCCAGACGUCCAACUUCAACGGCCUGCCCACCUUUGAGCCCCUGUUCGAGCUCGACUGCGAGGACGACUUCAACGGUCUUGUCAACUUCCCUACCGACAACACUCAGUUCCUCGGCAACAAGCGCCAGCGCACUGAUCUCGGUGCCUUCUCUCCUGAAGACGACUUCCUCAGCGACGAGAGCUUUACCGACUUUGAGGAGGAGCUCGUCCACGGCCUGCCUAUCACUCCUGCUGCCAGCGACUUUGAGAACAUGUCAGCGGCUGCUGUGUCCAAGAGGCGAACUGUCAAGAAGGCUCGCUCGGGCUUCGGUGAGACCGAGUCUGACUUCCAGGGUAAGCAACAGACAUCCGGUGAUGACAACACCAUGUCUGGAGCCUCGAGCCAACAAGAAUCAGGUCAAGCGGAGAAUGCUGUUGUCUCAAGCUCUGACGAGAACACGACUCCCGUCGCGCCCACCAGCCGCCGUGGCCGUAAGCAGUCUCUGACUGACGACCCUUCCAAGACGUUUGUCUGCACCCUGUGCUCCCGCCGCUUCCGCCGCCAAGAACAUCUCAAACGCCACUACCGCUCUCUCCACACUCACGACAAGCCUUUUGAGUGCACCGACUGUGGCAAGAAGUUCUCGAGGAGCGACAACCUGUCGCAGCACCAGCGUACCCACGGAACGGGUGCCGUCAGCCUCGAGGUCAUGGGCUCAGACUUCCACCACACAGAGAUGCAACACAGCCAGGCCGGUGCUUUUGGUGCCCAGGCCCCUUCUACAAUGGGUGAGAUCCUCUACAAUGCCGCUGCAGAGAUCCCCACAUCAAGCUCAGAUGGAUCCGAGCACGAGUCAUCACCCAGCCAGAAGAAGCGCAAGAGGAACGAGUAG